UUAUCUACCGGGAUUCCCUCACCAGCCAAUCGCGUCUGCGCCCUGGGACCGCCCGGAACAAAGAUGGCCGGGGCGGCCUCGGUGAGGGCAGACUGAUUCGAACAGCAGGCACCCGGCGGGACAGCAAAGGCAGAGUGGCAGCCGCGCGGUCGGGAGCAUGGAGGAGGGCAGCAGCGGCGGCGGCGGCGGCGGUGGCGGCGGUGGUGGCAGCGACAGCAACCCCGGCGGGAGUGUCGGGGCGCAGCAGAGAGAGCUGGAACGUAUGGCAGAAGUCCUCGUUACCGGGGAGCAGCUCCGGCUGAGGCUCCAUGAAGAAAAGGUUAUUAAAGAUAGACGGCACCAUCUCAAAACCUACCCAAACUGCUUUGUUGCAAAAGAACUGAUCGACUGGCUCAUUGAACACAAGGAGGCCUCUGACCGAGAGACGGCAAUAAAACUCAUGCAGAAAUUAGCUGACCGGGGCAUCAUCCAUCAUGUGUGUGAUGAGCACAAGGAGUUCAAGGAUGUGAAACUCUUCUACCGCUUCAGAAAGGACGAUGGUACCUUCCCACUGGACAACGAGGUGAAGGCCUUCAUGAGAGGCCAGAGGCUGUAUGAAAAACUGAUGAGCCCUGAAACUACACUCCUCCAGCCUAGGGAAGAGGAAGGGGUGAAGUACGAGCGAACCUUCAUGGCAUCCGAAUUCCUGGACUGGUUGGUUCAGGAAGGUGAAGCCACAACAAGGAAAGAAGGGGAGCAACUCUGUCACCGGCUUAUGGAGCAUGGCAUCAUACAGCAUGUGUCCAACAAGCACCCAUUUGUGGACAGCAAUCUCCUGUACCAGUUCAGAAUGAACUUCCGCCGGAGGCGAAGGCUGAUGGAGCUGCUCAAUGAGAAGUCCCCAUCCUCCCAGGAGACACAUGACAGUCCCUUCUGCCUGAGGAAGCAGAGCCAUGACAAUCGGAAAUCUACCAGCUUUAUGUCAGUCAGCCCCAGCAAGGAGAUCAAGAUCGUGUCUGCCGUGCGGAGGAGCAGCAUGAGUAGCUGUGGCAGCAGCGGCUACUUCAGCAGCAGCCCAACGCUCAGCAGCAGCCCCCCUGUGCUCUGCAACCCCAAAUCUGUGCUGAAGAGACCUGUCACUUCUGAGGAACUCUUGACUCCUGGGGCUCCAUAUGCAAGGAAGACAUUCACAAUUGUUGGUGAUGCCGUUGGCUGGGGCUUUGUUGUACGAGGAAGUAAGCCAUGCCACAUCCAGGCUGUGGACCCCAGUGGGCCUGCGGCGGCUGCAGGGAUGAAGGUCUGUCAGUUUGUCGUCUCUGUCAAUGGCCUCAACGUGCUGAAUGUAGACUACCGCACCGUGAGCAACCUGAUUCUGACAGGUCCAAGGACAAUCGUCAUGGAAGUCAUGGAGGAGUUAGACUGCUGAGUGAGGAGACAUGCCUGCUGGUGCCCUGGCCCAGAACUACACAGCAGUGGCAUGACGAGACUGCCAGAGAAACGGAUAAUGGGACAUACAGAUCUUUCCUCUGUCUAUACACACCUUGACCUUCAUACACUGUUUGAGUGUGGAAGAACUGGGUAACACAUCUUAAAAAACAAAACACAGCAGGAGUGUGGUGGCUCAAGUCUAUAAUCCUAGCAUUCAGGAGGCCAAGGCAGGCAGGAGGAGUGCUGCAAGUUCAAGGCCAGCCUUAGCUACCAGCACGAGCACGAGUGCCCGACGAGUGUUGUUUGUGCACUUGCGCAUGUACACACACACACACACACACACACGCACGCACACAUUCGUAGAUGAUGGUAGGGAAAUAGUUUCCCACAGGGUGGAAUUGUCUUACUAGAGCCCAGUUUGUAGUUCUCAAUCAGUGGUUUUCAUGUUUGCAGAAAGUUGUCAAAAAACUGAAAUAGCAACAUGGGAAAAAAUGCCAUUUUUAGACGUUCGUAGGGUAGCUAGUACAGAGUUUACAUCAGGUCCAUUGAGCUUUCGUGGCAGGAGUGAUCAAACAGCACCUGCAGUCCGGGCUGCUUAGGAUGCCGAGGCAGGAAGAUGACUGGAGCUCUGGUGGUUGGGCCAGCCUGGGCAAUAUAGUGAGACCCCCACGUUAACUAAAAGUGUUUUCACCAAAACGAGCCUGGAGCUGUUACGUAGGUCUAGAUUUCAGGCAGCUUAAAAUUAAAGCAACAUCCCUAGGAAUGUGACCAGCUGAUGAGACUUCCCAGGAAGGUUUGUACGCAUUCAACAGCUUAAAGGCCAUCAUCACAAAGGAACUUUCUUCCUCGAUAGUUUUAUUUUUGGGGGAGGAGGGUAAGGGGAGCACUGCCUUGGUAAGUGGCUCCAGCUAUUGACUUUCCUUAAAUUUCUGCCUUUAUCACUAACUUUCAGCUUGCCCAGUUUCAGUUAUGGCAUGAGGUGAAAAAUGAGACAAAAUGCUGUGUCAUGAGUGGUGGGGAUGGACAGAGGACUCUAUCUAUAACAGCGUGUCUCUCUUUUCUCUUCCUGGGCCUGGUUGGUUUUUCCCCAUAAAUCAGCAGCUUUCUGGGGUUUAUUUGAAAUGUACUGACUGUGAAAGCAAAGAGAUCUGUCCCUACCCAUGUACCCAUGUUAAGACUCAAAGUCAAACUUCCCAAACCUCCAGCAAGAUUGCACUUUGCAAGCGUCCACUUUUAAGAGACUUGGCUUUAGUGCAUCAAAACUUGAAAGUUCAAAUGCCUUCUUAGCCUGGAUUUUACAAGCCUUCUAAGGUCAGGGGAUGUACUACUCACUGAAGAGUCUGCUUGCCACUGCAAUCUCCAUCUUGGGUUAGAAUUCUUCAUCUUACCCCUGCAUGUUUCUUUGAUCUAGAAAAGACUUCCUCAGAACCAGAUGCGGGACCAUGUUCCUGUAAUCCCAGCACCCUGGAAAGUGGAGACAGAAAGGUCAGGUGUUCAAAGGGGGCUUGAGCUUUGGGACCCUGUCUCAAAAAACCCAGGAGGGGCAAGGGAGUACAUUUGGGGUAUUGUUAUGUAGAGGUCAUUCCUCAAAGUACCAAAUAAGAGUAAUUUUCCAUAAUGAGUUUUGAACAGAGAAGCUACGUUCUUAUUAUGUAUUAACAGAAUGGUAGUGUUGUGCCUCAGUGGUUUCUCGGUGGGAGGUGAUCAUCCUUCAUUGGUACUGGUGGAAUGGAUUCCAUAUCUGUAUGUAUAUGCUAGUCCAAUUUUUCUACCUUUAGUGAGAAAAUAGGAUUUUGAGGUGCUAUGAGUUGGCUGACAUUAAUAUUGUCAGUGUUUGGGAGAGAGGCUCUCCAUGUAUGGGUGUUUAUGCCAUGAGCAGGGCUCUGUGCGUAGCAUUCGUUGCCCAUGUUCUUUUUCACUCCUUGUCACAGCCUUUUAAGAUAGGUAUUAUUACUCUCAUUUUUCAGGUAGGGAGACUAGGUCUGAGCAAAUUCAAGGAUGUUCUCUAAGUUCACCUGCCAUAACUGCUGUGUCACACAGCCCUUUUCGUCAAUGCUGAGGCCCCUUGGCCUGUCUGCCCAGACUUCCUGUUUAGAGGUCAUGAAUUCAGCGCUCACUUUGUGCCACGCUAAGACCCUCAGGCUUUUGUUGUUUUAUUGGCCAAUACCAUCCUCACCUGUUUUAUACAUGAGGAAACCCACUCAUAGACAGGCUGGUUCGUUAUCCUCAAAACAGCUUAGCCACUAAGUAGGAGAUCUUACACAUGGCCCUCAUGUUUGUGUGUUUAUAUGUGUAUGUGUGUGUUGAGGCAGAGUGUCAAGCUCCUGAGCCUAAGUGGGAUUACAGGCAUACAGCACUGCUCUCAGAUAUGAUAACACCUUAAAAGAUGAGUCUCAGGAUGUUCUUCAUCUCUAGAUUUUCCUUGAUUGAUAAAAGAGGAAGCAGUGCCUGUAUAGUAUUAUAUUCUUGCUGCUCACCUCCAAAUGCUCUUUGCCUUGAACCCUAGAUCUUAUCAUUUCCCUUUAGGCAAAGUAACACACAGAAAAAGCUAUUUUCUCCACACAGCCUCCUGUCCAUCAGAGAGGGAGUGAAGAACAGUUCUAUUGUUUUCUUAUUUGGUUCCGUUCAUCCUCAAUGUAAAGGUCAAGUGCCAGAGAACAUUUUUUUUUUUAAUCUUAGCACUCUGGAGAUAGAGGCAGGUGGAUCUCUGUGAGUUUGAGGCCAGCCUUGUCUACAGAGGUAGUUCACAACAGCCAAGGUUACACUGAGAAAUCCUGUCUUGAAAAACAAGCAAAGAUAGCUUCUUGCUAUGUGGCAUAGCUUGUCUUCAAACCCAUUCUAGUUCUCUUUCCUCAAGGAAUAUCUUUUGGCCCUGAGUUCUCUCUCUCUCUCUCUCUCUCUCUCUCUCUCUCUCAUACACACACACACACAGACAGAUACACACAGCCUCAUAUAUGAUUAGUGACUAUUCCACUGGCUCCUAGGACCCUUUCUCACUCAUUCGGCAUUUGCACACAUGGUAUUUCUCCCUCUUUGCUGAGUAAAAUUAUCAUUAGAUCCUUUGAUUGUCAUCUCCUUAGAGAAAUCUUUGCCAGGCUCCCAAAGAUGUUCCCCUUCUAAAUUCUCCAAAUCCCCACAGACCCAUAAAUCUUAUUCAGACCUAAAUUGGAGCACAAUGACAUUUACAGUGUCAUUCCUUGGUCACAUGUCAGUCUUUCUACAUAGACCCUCAGCAUAUUGCAGAAUGGGGGCUGUGUCUUGGUAUCCAAUGUAUUUCUUGCCUUUAUCUGUCCCUAACCCAGAGUAGCACAUUCAUUACUCACUGUUGUCUGAUCAGCAAGCCCCAAAUUAUAGCCUCUAACAGCAUCAUUUAUUUGUUCAUGACUCUAUGGGCUGUCAGCAUUUGGUUGGCAUGACCAACCACUGCCCCAAAGAUGCCAGUAGGUCUAUGCACACAUUUGUAUUCAAUGUGCAAGUGCCUGAGGCCUUUUGCUCUUAGAAGUGCUGUCUUUUGAAUCUUGAAUGUCCUCCAAAAGCCUGUGUAUUAACAAGUUCUUUUCACCAGGGAGGCGAACACUGGGAGGUCAGAGAACCAGCCACACAUGUCAGUACUUAGGAAGUGGAAGCAGGAAGAUCAGGAGUUCAAUGGCAGCCUUGGUACCAGAGUAAGUCUGAGGCCAAGCUGGGUGACAUGAGAUACUGUCUCAUGUGUUAUAGGACCUAGUGAUAGAACCACAGGUAACUGAUGGGGGUAGGGGGAAGCCCUCUUUCUUCUUGGCCAUGAGAUGAGUAAUUUGGUUCCACCAUUUGCUCCCAUUGUCCUAACUUACCAUAUGCCUCAAAGGUGAGUUAGUACAAAAAUGGGGCCAAUCAUGGACUAAAACCUCAAAAACUGUGAGCCAAAAUAACACCUUUCUCAUUAUCAGUUGGUUAUCAUAGGUAUCUUGUCAUAGAGAGAGAAAUCUUUCUAACACAGGUGGCCUCAUGCAUACAUCUCCAAACCAACUUUGUUCUGAGUUGGAUUGCCACAGUUCCAGGUCAUACAGCCCCAAAUAACCUAGAAAGAAUCUACAACCUUCUCUCCUUUGGCUUAUAAAUUGAACACUUUGACUUUCACACCAUUUUAUGAACCAAGACAUAAAACUAUAAAACUAGCUCUAGGCACAGUGGUUAAGAUUCCAAAUUGUUCUUCCAGAAGACCCAAAUUUGAUUUCUGGCACCUCCACAAUGGCAUGAAACUGGCUGUCACUCCAGUUCCAAGGGAUCUGGGCUGCUCUUCUGACCUCCAUGGACACCAGCUACACACAUGGUGCACAGACAUAUAGGCAUGCAGAACACCCAUAUACAAACAAUGAAAAUAAAUCUUUAAAAAUAAAUAAAUAAAACUAGCCCAGAAACAGGAGUGGAGAAAUAGAUAUCACCUUUUAUGCAACUUGCAUAGAAUCUGUGCCCAUUUUUAAUUCUCUAAAAACAGAUGCAAAGAAGGAGCCGUAUUGAAAGCUUUAGGCUCAAGUUCUUAUCUACUCAUCAGGUGGAAUUGAAAUGUCUGAAGCUGGGUUUCUAAUGAAACCUUCCGAGUCCAUAGACCUUAAGAUGCCAGCUUAAUCUCUUCAUUUGACCAACAAAUGAGGCCUAAAACAAUGUUAUGCUCAAACCAGAAUUGUGAAGCUUGUCGGGUAGGAGCUGAAUGCCUUCUGAGCCUCCUGCCUUCCAUCCGUGGUACAGAGCGAUCUGCAGCACAGCGUCAUGCAGCUGAAAACAAGCAUAUAGCAUGAUGUACUCAAAAACCAAAAGUGUCAGCAGGUAUCUGGGAAGGAAAGGGAAUAUCAUAUCCUUUGUUGGCUGGGAACAUACUGUACUAUAAAGCAUAGACUAGACUCACAGCAAUCUUCCUGCUUCAGUCUCCGGAGGGCUAGAAUUCCCAGACUGAGCUACCAUUGCCUGUGUGGUUUUCAUCUAUCUUUGUGUACCUGUGAUCUUCAAAGAGGAAACAGUAUUUACUGCUUGAGAUAACAUUUCCCUGCACACCUUGGACAAGUUCCUUCUUGUUCUUUUAAAUACUUUCAAAGCCAAGCAUGAGGGCUCACACCUGUAUUCCUAGCAGGAGGAUUGCCAUGAGCUUACAUCCAGCCUGGGCUACAGGACUUUGUCUCAAAAACAAAACUCAUAAAAAAAAUGUAGAUUUUUAGAUGUUUGUGUGAUGUUUAUGUUUUGAUGAUGGAAAGGGAGAUAAUUUUUGUUUUUGUUUCUUCAUUAGUACAGUAUGUGUAAAUUAGAAGGCCAUCUUUUAUUGGAAUGGAAACUGCUGUUGCCUUUUGGGCUGUUCCUGCCUUCUGAGUUUAAUUACAACUGGGCAUGGCAGCCCACAGCAAGGAGAAGACUCAUGCUGGAGAAUGGAGUUUGAGACUAUCCUGGGCUAUACACAGAGACCCUGUCUAAAAAUUAAUAAUUUGGGCUAUGUGUGAUACCCAGAAGAUGUAAUAAUUAAGGAGACUACUUGAGAAAUGGUAGGUAACACAAGGAGGACAAGCCAUCUUUGCUUAGAUGAGGUGUUGCUGACUUCACACCAUCAUGUGACAAGUGGCCGCUUUGGAAGGACAGACACCAAGCUUAGGGAUAUCACUGCUAUCCAUUCAAAUAGGGGUCUUGAGUUUCCAAAUCUUUCCUUUCAGAUGUAUUGUAGAGAUGAUCAACUUUCAAGGCCUAGUUUGAACCAUUGGUACUGACUCUUCUCUGCAAGCUGCUAAGAAUUCUGUUUUAAUUUGACUACAAAUGAUCAGAAUAACUACCUGUAGAGCACUUCGGUGUGGCUGACUUGUUGAAUUGAUUGUUGACAUUAAUCAUGAUUUCCCGUCACCUGAACUUCGGGUAUAACGCAUACUUCUUCAUUGCAGUACCAAAAGGACAAAUGAGCUGUGUGCCAAAAUGAAGUUCAUAUCAACGAUCACAUGUAGUAUUAUCAGAUGAGUUAAAAAGUACUUAAUACAGAGCUUUAUUUUAAAAUUUGGUGAGAGUGAUUCACUAUCUUUAUUAAAAUUGUACCAUAAUACUUAAGAUGAUUGUACGAAAACACAGGGGUAUAGCAUGAAAUAAAUGUUACAUUUUUUAAAAUGA